AUGAGUUCUACAACAGAAGUAGAAGCAACUACAGUGGAUGGAUAUACCAUUACUUCUUCAACCGGGAUGGACGAUGGAUUGAAUACGAGUAUUAGUGUUGGUUUGGAUGGCCCUCCUUCUCUUCAGAAUUUUAUUGAGCACGAUGAAAUUACAACUAUUAGAGAUCUUUCUCCGAUCGUCUUAGAAGGAGGAGAGAAUAAUGCUAACGAGCAUUUGAACAAUUUUGUACGGACACCUUCGUCAUUGAAUUCUUCUCGGGUGAGCUCGGAUCAAGUGUUUGAUAGAGACAGCUCUUCCUUGAACGAUGAUGAUCAUCAUGAGAUCCGACGGGAAGUCAUGAAUAGUAUUGCAGGUUUAAUCUCAGCUCGGAAAGCUACUGAGGUUAGUUUCUCGGAAGAGUUGGAGAAGAGGUUGGAUUUUCAGCAAGCCACUCGUUCCAUCUCACUACUCGAUCAAAUUGCCCAAGAAGAAUUUAAUAGGCAAAAUCGAAUGAAAAAACAAAACAUGCUCCUGGAAGGAGGUGGUGGAAAUAUUGAGGAUAUUAUUGCACGAGAAUUGGAUCAAGAGAUUGAGGAAUUAAAUUCGUUAUCGAACGAGCUUGCAAAUACAAGACUUUUUGCAGAAUCUAUUUCUGAGCAAGAGGCCAAUUAUGAAUCAAUAUUGGGGAGGAUGGACAUUGUGUUGGAUGAGAAUUCUCCAAUUCCAUCGAGUCGAUACAGCCAAUCAGAUCAAGUAGAAACACAGCUGAGCGAAGAGAAGGCAGAUGAAGAAUAUGAACACAAGAGAAAAAUUGGCUCUGCUCAUGCCACCUCUCGACGAAGGAAAAACAGAGGCAGCAAUGCAGCCGACUCUGCUCCAGUACACAGUGGUGUGGAUGCUUUUCUAGAGAGAUGUGAUAACUUUUCCUUCUUCAAUUUUCCAGUGUUGUCCAUUAUUGAGAAGUUUAAUCAAAAAAAUCUUGACCUGUCUCACCUUACUCUUGGCGAUAAGGGAGUUCAAGCCAUUAGCUCCAUGUUGAGACUCAACAAUGUCAUUCAAAAAUUAACUUUGGCCGAUAAUAACAUUUCAUCGGUGGGGUUUGCCGACCUUGUGACUUCACUACGAAAGAAUACCACUCUAAAACAUUUAGACAUUUCAGAUAACAAACUUGGAUUGGUCAAUUCAGGAAAUAUUGACAUGCCUGUCAUGAAUACUCCAUCUUCAAGCGAGGGAUCACGUACAGAGAAUGGCAACUCUUCGAAUACUACUCCUACCAGCGGGUCUAUAGAAUCUCAAGAUGCGUGCAGCCAAGCAAUGCUCAAUCUACUCAAGAAGAAUGGCGUUUUGGAAUCCUUUAUUGCUCGUGAUAAUCACCUCACAGACCAACACUUGAAGUACAUUGUAGAAGGUCUAAACGAUAACAUUACUCUUACUUGCCUUGACAUUUCAUCAAAUGAUUUUACAGAUAAUUCUGGACAAAUUUUAGGUCACUUGUUGGCAACUACUCGUCUACGACAUUUGGAUUUAUCGUGGACCUCCCUUCGAAAACAAGGAAUUUCCAACAUGCUACUCGGACUGAAGACAAACAAUUCCCUUGUAGAGUUGAAUCUUUCUUGGAUUGGUCUCAAUAACGACCACUGUAAACUCCUGUCUCAAUUUAUUGCAGAGAGUGAUGCAUUGUGCGUUUUGAACAUUUCUCAUAACAGAUUCGAUGAGGAAGGUCUACAACCUAUUUCUAAGGCUUUGGAGCAAAACACCUCACUCACACAUUUAGACCUCAGCUACAACACGCUUGGAAACAAUGCAGUAAUGUCUCUGUUUAGAUGUCUUCACAAGCAUCAUCAUGUGAAAUGGUUGAAUUUGGUUCAGACCAAUUUGAAUGUCAUGAUUGAUAAGAAUGCUCUCACAUCAGAGACCACUCUUCAACCCGUGUUUUUACAACAACCAGAAAAACAACCUCAACCACAAGCAACCAAAGGUACAAAACAACAAGGCACUGCCAAAAAACAAGGGACAACCUCUUCCAACACUGCGAUGUAA